AUGGACACCCUGCGCGACAUCUUCAUGGCCAUGGGCAUCCCGCGCCAGCACAUCACCAUCGCCUGGCAGGACCUCACCUGCAACGUCCCCGUCCUCCCGCCGUCCGAGGCCAUCCAGACCGUCGUCUCGGCCUUCACCGGCGGCAGGUCCCUGCUCAAGAACGGCGGCGCGAAGCUCAAGCCCAGUCUCGAUGAUAGCACCUCCACCGCCGCGAAGGACGACCCCACCCCGGAGAGGGCUGACGUCCUCUCGCAUGCCUCGGGCUACGUCGAGCCCGGCACUAUGUGCCUCGUCCUGGGGCCCUCGGGCUGUGGUAGCAGCUUGCUGCUCAAGCGCCUGGCUGGGAGGCCUAUUGGCUCCACGGUUGAACUCGGUGGAAAGGUACUGUUCAACGGCCAGGAGAAGCUCAAUGGUUUCCUUCACCCCUCCCAUUUCGCCCAGUAUGUUGCCCAGUAUGACGAGCAUCUUGCCCAUCUCACCGUCAGGCAGACCUUGGAGUUUGCAGCCGCCUGCAAGUGGCCCACCUGGGUGCCCCAUGUCGAGGCCAUUCGAAAGAAUGACGUCCUCCUCACGGCAAGGAUGCUCAAGAUUGAGCGCACCUUGGAUACCAUCAUUGGAAAUGAGACCCUCAGAGGCGUCAGUGGUGGAGAGAGGAAGAGAGUUACAAUUGGCGAAAUGCUUGUCGGCAUGAAUGCUGGUUGCGUCGUCAUGGACAACUGGUCCAAGGGGCUGGACAGUAGCACCACCCUUAGCAUCACCCGCUCUAUGCGUGAGAUUGCCGAUAUCUCUAAUGUCCCUGUAAUCACUUCCAUGCAGGCCCCUGGUGCCGAUGCCUUCAAGUUGUUCGAUACUCUCUGCGUCAUGGAACAGGGACAUAUCAUCUACUUUGGCCCGCGCGAUCAGGCUGAGAGUUGGUUCCUCGGCUUGGGAUUCCAUAGACCUCCGCAACGCUCUGUCCCAGACUUUAUUGCCACUGUCGCAAACCCGGCAUUGCGCGCCGAGUAUCUUCAUGUAGACCUUGAUAUCAAUGCCUUGGAGGACGUGCCUCCGACCACGCCUGAGGAGUUUGCAGACCGUUUUGAGAGAAGCGAACUCUCCGCAAUGCUUGGACAGAAAGUCAUGGAGGCCAGCGCAAGGAAGCCGCUUCCGGAGCCGAACAUCGAAAUGCCUCACUCCCUUUGGCAGGUUGGACAGAAGGCAACUCUCAACAAACCUCGCCAUCAGAUCAAGGCCAUUGGCAGACGUCAGCUUCAGUUUAUAGGAGCAACAAAGGAUGCCCUGUUGGCUGACCUCGCUCAAAAUCUCAUUCUCGGUGUCAUGUUGGGCUCUAUAUUCUGGCAACUAGAUAAGGACGCUGCGGGUGCUACCACCAGAGGCGGCUUGUUGUUCCUCGCUCUUUUGUUUAUGAGUUUGGCGUCUCUUGCAAAACUUCCGGAAAAGCAUGACGACAGGAAAGUCUUCGCCAAGCAACGUUACUCAUCCUUUUACAGCGCCUGGCCAGCAAUCUUGACGUAUACGUUCUUUGAUGUCGUCAUAGAGAUUGCGAGAUCUUCCUGCUUCCUCAUACCUCUCUAUCUGAUGGCAGGGAUGAGUCUUGGUGGCAGUGCACAAAGACUUCUUUACGCUGUUCUCAUCGUCUCCGUUGUUUCCCUCAUCAUGAUCGCUCUUACGCGCUUCUUGGUGGCGGUGUUUGAUGACUCGGAGAGUGCGCAGGGCGUUGGUGGUAUCUUGACAAUCAUUCUUAUCCUCUUCACCGGAUUCAUGAAACCGCCCCAGCUCAUCGAUGAAUGGAUCAAGUGGCUUUACUGGAUCAAUCCUUUGCAUUAUGCAUUUGAAGCUCUGCUAUUGAAUGAAUUUGACGGCCUCACGUUUAAAUGCGACCCCGAAGAAUUGCUCCCGCCACAUCCAGCUGUGCCGAUGGAUUUACGCGUAUGUACCGUGGGCGAUGGGCUCGAGUUCAUAGAGCAAAUGUUGGGCGUAACCAACGGACCUAUCUUCCGCCUAUACUUUUUCCUCGUCUCCCUCGGUUUCCUCGUUGUGUUUGUACUGGUCGCUGCUGUUGCAACUGCUCUGUCCAAGCCAUCGGGACACGCAUUGAAGCUUAGAUCGAAAGCCGAUAUGAACAGGAGAACGGAGUUGGAGUCUGUGUCGCAUUCUGUCUCUAUUGAUGUUCGGGGUGCCAAAAUGAAGACGAAUACACGCUUUACGUUCAAGGAUGUAGUUUAUGCUGUAGCAGAUGGGAAGAAGCGUUUGCUGAAUGAGAUUUCCGGUCAUGCCAUCGGAGGCAAGGUUGUGCUUUUGAUGGGUGAGAGUGGGGCAGGAAAAUCAACACUGUUAGAUGUUUGCUCGCUGAGGAAGACGAUGGGCAAGGGUACUACUAUGGAUGGAGACAUCCGCAUCAACGGGGUCCCGAUCAGCAAGGAGAAAAUUGCCCAUUGGACUGGCUAUUGCGAACAAAAUGACAUGCAUAUCGGGGAAGCAACCGUGAAGGAAGCCGUUUGUUUCAGUGCCAACCUUCGUUUACCAAAAGUAAUUAGGAAACGUGAGAAGAAUGUUCGUGCCAUGGAAACGAUUGAUUUGUUGGGGCUCACUCCUUUCGCAGAUAUCCUCGUGAAAUCGCUUGGAGCUGGAGAGUUGAAACUCCUCACAAUGGCACUAGAGGUGGUGGCCGACCCAAUUGUGCUGUUCUUGGAUGAGCCGACCAGUGGAAUUUCAGCAUCGAGCGCCUUAGUGGUGGCUAAUGCUCUGCGCAAGAUCGCUGACACAGGAACCAGCGUGAUAUGCACAGUUCAUCAGCCAAGCACGGAGGUGUUUGCCAUGUUUGACCAACUGUUGCUCUUGAAGCGUGGUGGAAAGCAAGUGUACUUCGGUGACAUCGGUGAAGGUGGUGGCGCUAUCAGAAACUACUUCCGCUCCAGGGGUGCACCUGAGAUGGAGGAGGACACAAAUCCGGCUGAUUGGAUGUUGGAUGUCAUCGCAGAUGAGAGCAAAGACUGGUCAGGGGAAUGGAGAGACAGUGAGGAGAGAAGGAAAACUGUGGAUGAAGUUGAAGAGCUUGCAAAACCCGAGGAUGAUGUGGAUUCAUCAGAAGGCUCCUUCCAGGGUAUUGGACUCCAGAAGCAGUUGUUUGAAGUGGUUCGAAGGCUAUUCUGGCGAUACUGGCGUCUUCCAGAAUACAAUCUUACGAGGGUUGUAUUGAUGCUUGCCAUUGCCCUACUGAUCGGUGUUUUAUACCUUCGCGACGUUGAAGAUACGCAGGUGGGGGCCCAAGUAGCAUUCGCAGCGCUGUUCCUGACUGUGAUACCCAGCAGUUUGAGUGCGCAAAACGUCAUUCCACCUACAGUGAAUGGACGCUCGGUGUUUUACAGGGAAAUCGCAUCAGGGACAUAUAAGCCGCUCUCUUUCCACUUUGCAUUAGGGCUGGUUGAAAUUCCCUUCACCUUCGUCGCCACCCUCGUUUUCACAAUUGUGUUCUACUUCAUGGUUGGAUUGGAUGCUGCUCGUUUUGGAUACUUCUUUUUGGCAGCUCAGCUGCUCUACUACUUUUCCGUUGUCCUCGGGGUGAUGUUGGCAAGUAUUACCCCAUCUAUCGCCCUUGCUGAAAUGAUUGCGAGCUCAUUCACAUCCGUGUUCAAUGUUCUCUCUGGGUUCUUUAUCACGAAAAACGCCAUGCCCGUGUGGUGGCGGUGGAGUACCUGGAUAAAUCCGUUUUUCUACUACCUUUCUGGUAUCGUCCAGAAUCAGAUGAAUGACAGGGACUUCACUUGCAAACCUACUGAGCUCUUGGAAUUCGGGCUGCCUGAAGGCUUUGCCACUUGCGAGGAAAUUCCGGACAGCAACUUUGGGACUGUGAUAAGAAAUGGCAUUAGUACAUGUACUUUCUGUCCCAUUCCGAACGGCCAAGUGCUGAUUGAGAGGUUCAGCGCUGAUGAUGUCAAUAAGUGGGUUGGUCUUGUGGCCAUUGGCGUGUCAAUCAUGGUUUGCCGUGUAGUCGCUGGAUAUGCAUUUGCAAGGAUUCGGUUCUUGUCGAGGUGACGGACUCCUAUUUUGUCCAGUAUGAACAAAUAAACUGAGGUAUAUGUAGUUUUUAUUCGAGUUAUACUGCAUUUGGGUUUGAGAAAGGAUCGUGAGGGUCGAAGCAGUGUUUCUACUAGGUCAGCCAGCUGCUUGCCUGAUACCUUUUAAGUGGGAAGAGUUAGCAGACUUCUCGGAUCUUCACGCUUUUGUACUUCAUGCCCAUGGCUCUUGCUUUUCAAACGGUAAAAUACAAGCAAUAGGA